GUAAUUACAAAUAGAGAUAGAAUUUCUUAUAAUCAUAAACAAAGCAUAAAAUUCUAUACUUCUACAAUAUGUAUACAUAUUUAUACAGAUUGCUAUUAUACAAGUGAAUAAAUAAUAAGUAGCUUAUUGAAGUCACAAAAUGUGGCUUAACCAGUAGCUUUAUUGAAAUAAAGCAGCACUCUACUACGUCAGAAAUUACUAAGCAAUUGUAAUGGCGUAAGCUUUAUUUGGGGUAAACAUUUACGGAACCAUUAAACAGUAUCAGUAUUAAUAUCUGAUAUGAAAGACUAAAUCUAAAAUACAAAAGAUUAUAGUUAUAAUAACAAAAGAGUUUAUUAUAUUGUAUGGUUGAUUGAAAAUUAUGAGUUGUGUCCAAAUGAAUAACUUUUUAUUCAUCUCAUAUGGAAUAUACUGACCAAGAUACUUUAAAAAUGAAUGAAAGCGACUCGAUUUAUGGAACUACCUUGUCCCAAGAAUCAAUAAAAGUAAUUGCAGAAAGUAUAGGUGUCGGAAAUUUUCCAGAUGAAGCUGCAAAAGAUCUUGCGGAGGAUGUAAGUUAUAGACUUAAAGAAAUCAUACAGGAUGCUGCUAAAUUUAUGAGACAUGGCAAACGUCAACGAAUGACAACACACGAUAUAGAUCAUGCUUUGAAGAUAAAAAAUAUUGAACCCACAUAUGGGUUUUUUGCCAAAGAUCAUGUACCAUUUCGCUUUGCUUCUGGUGGUGGUCGUGAAUUACAUUUUGUAGAAGAAAAAGAAAUUGACCUUAAUGAAGUUAUAUCAAUGUCUGGUGGACAAACAUGGCCUAAAUUACCUUUGGAAAUUACACUACGUGCUCAUUGGCUUUGCAUAGAUGGUGUUCAGCCUACAAUACCAGAAAAUCCACCUCCAGUUUCUAAAGAUAUUCAAAAGCUAGAAAGUGUUGAUCCAACAAGUAAACUUACAAACAAAAGUCAGAACAUUGGUGUUGGGAAACCAGGCGGUGGUGGUAAAAGUCAGAAAUUACGUAAUGUGGAAACAGUUCAUGUCAAACAAUUAGCCACUCAUGAAUUGAGCGUUGAACAGCAAUUAUAUUAUAAAGAAAUUACUGAAGCAUGUGUUGGAUCUGAUGAAGCACGCAGAGCAGAAGCACUACAGUCCCUCUCAGCUGAUCCAGGUUUACAUGAAAUGUUAGCACGGAUGUGCACUUUUAUUGCAGAAGGUGUACGUGUUAAUGUAGUACAAAACCACCUUGCUCUUCUAAUUUAUCUAAUGAGAAUGGUUAAAGCUCUCUUGGACAAUCCCAGCCUUUAUUUAGAAAAAUAUUUACAUGAAUUAAUACCAUCUAUCGCAACAUGUAUAGUUUCACGCCAAUUGUGUAUGAGACCAGAAGUGGAUAAUCAUUGGGCACUUCGCGAUUUUGCAUCACGCCUUAUGGCUCAAAUUUGCAAAAAUUUUAAUACUUCUACCAAUAAUGUACAAACUAGAGUAACUAGAAUGUUUAGUCAGGCUUUAGCAAAAAAUAGCCAGACUCCGCUGGCGUCACUUUAUGGAGCAAUUGAGGGACUCUGUGAGUUAGGUCCAGAAGUAAUUAAAGCGUUAGUUAUUCCUAAAAUUAAAUCUGUUUCCGAACGUAUUGAAUCAUGUAUUGAAGGACCAGGUCUAUCAAGUGUAGACAAAAAUGGAGCAGGUCAUAUAAAGACCCUACUAGUGAAAUCGGUGGCUCCCAUUUUAAAGACUAUACGAUCUCCUCCAGAUUAUGUAGAAGAUUACAAACAGGAUUAUGGUUAUAUAGGUCCUGCAUUGUGCGCAGCCGUUGCGAAAGCUCGUACACAACCAGCAACAUUAACAACAACUGCAUCCACAACCACAGUUUUAACAACAAGUCAACAAGGUCCUACAUGUACUGGAAAAACCAUUGUACAAGCUGUGACAAGCUCUAGUCCCGGGCAACAAACUGGACGUACAAUUAUGCUUGGAACAAGUAGAACUGCUGGUGGAACAGCUACAACUGGAGGACAAAAAUUCGUUAUUUUGCAGUCUCGAUCUCAAACACCAACCACUACAAAUAUUAACACUAAUGCGAUACAACAACAACCUCAGCAGCAGCAACAACAACAAUCGCAACAACAACAAGUUAAACUAGGCCAAACCAAUGUCACCCAACAAAAAGCACAUAUACAAAGUAAUGCACCGAAAUUGGUUGUUGUUUGUAUGUCCAGUAGUAGUCACGGCACUAGUACAGUAACUCAGGGGAAUAUAACAGCAAAAGCACAGAACGUCUUUGUUACACAACAAAAUGUUGAAUGUUCAUUGAGUCCAGAAGAAGAACAUUCUUUUCAGUAAUAAUGGCAAAAUUCGUUUCAUUCAUUCAAUUUCUAGUAAUUUGUACAAAAAUUAAUUUUUAAUGUUAAUAUACUUUGUAAGGAAAUAAAAAUUUUUUAUGGACAU